GCCCAGUCAGAUUUGACUGUCUCUGCUUGGAAUCUGUCGGUCACUGGAGCAAAGCAGCUUUCAGACGCCAUCAUUAUGCUUAUGACUACGAGCUUCGACUUCCACGAAUGCGUUUUUGUUUUUGUGCGCAAACGUGGUUGAAGCAGCAGGGUCAGAGCCAUGGGAGGAAACCGCAGGGGCGCAGCGGGAUCCGGCGAGGAUUUCACCUUUGUCAGCUCAGUUGUGAAAUACCUGCUGUUCUUUUUUAAUUUCAUUUUCUGGAUAAUCUCCCUGGUCUUGGUGGCAGUCGGCGUUUACGCCCGUACAGCAAAGUAUGCGGAGGCAACCCUGGCAUCUCUGUCUGUGGAUCCCGCUGUUAUGCUGAUGAUUGUGGGAGUCCUGAUGUUCCUGGUCACCUUCUGUGGCUGCGUGGGUUCGCUGCGAGAAAACAUCUGCCUCCUGCAAACAUUCUGUAUCUUCCUGGUGGUGAUUUUCAUACUCCAACUGGCUGCUGGUGUUCUGGGCUUCAUCUUUUCAAAUAAGGCAAGACAGAAAGUGACAGAAGUGAUCAAUGAUGCAAUCGUUCACUACAGAGAUGACGUCGAUCUGCAAAAUCUUAUAGACUUCGGCCAAGAAGAGUUUGGAUGCUGCGGUGCUACAACAUACCUUGACUGGACCAAUAACAUCUACUUCGAUUGUAACCAAUCAAACCCCAGCAGAGAGCGCUGCUCCGUCCCCUUCUCC